GUUGUUUCAAGAUAUUUCGCGGAAAUUGGGUCUUCGUGGACGCCGAGUUUCUUCUUUUCUUGCGUUCAGAGAUGAUCUUCGCUGAUGGAGCACCUUUUACCCCUAUUAGAAAUGGGAUAUAGUUUUGAUGAAAUUGCGUACGCUCACUCUUCUGGCUGCAGAUCAGUCGAAGAGGCGCUUGAAUUUCUCAUUGGAGAUGCUCGCUCCUUUACUUCCAUUGAUCAACCGGGUAAACUUGUGCUUGGUGCGCGCCAUGCUAGACCAUCUGGGUCUCGAGGCAGAACACAUUUGUCAAGUGUCGUCCGUCAUCUACUUAGAGUUAAUGAACGGACUACCACAGCCAUUUGGAGGCGAGAUUUGGCUCAUAUUAUUACGCAACUCUGGCAGUUAUCUCUUACUGGAUUUUACUCUCCCUCUGGAUUGGCAGUUGUCCCCGUCAUGACUACACAAAUCAAGGUGUUCUCAUCUACACAGCCCUUUCACGUCGACCUGCCCCGACCAAAUCAACUCGGUUGUACUGGAUCAUGGGAAGCCGCAACGAUGAACUCGCCUAGUACUAACUCUCGUGAGCAGCGUGAGAGUGUUAUUCACUCAAAACAUAAGCGUCAUGAGGAUGAAUUCAUUUAUCAUCAAACAGAAGCUCACAAACUGGGCAAUCAGCUGAAAAGAGAGCGUUUAUCACAAAGGGAAGAAAAAGCACGCUUACUGGCUGAGAUCAAAGGGGAUAAAGAGGCGAGACGAUUACGCCAGUUUACGCCUAGUUCCCCGGAUCCACACGGUGCAUCAGCUGAUCUCGUCCAAACGCAACCUGGUCACUUGGAUCCUCCUCGUAUUGGUCAAAUUCGAAUCAAAGUGAUACCAAACAGCAACAAAACAGCGCCCAUCAUUCUCAGACUCCCUGAUUCCGCCGUCUUUCGCGACCUUCUAGUUGCUAUCCAACAGCAUGUUCUACAUGUGACUCCCCUGGCAAGACCGCCGUUCGCUGACUCCCUAUCGACCGAUGUUGCUGGGCGCCUGGAAGAGCACCUGCGAACCAUCCAAGUCACAGAUUCUUGCAUCCAACUGAUCGCUUAUACUUGGCCUCGGCGGACACUUCCUCAUUGCUCUUCGAUGACUCAGACCGAUCACGAUCAAACCGUAUUGAGUCUUCCUCUCGCCGAUUUGGGUCUUGCUGAUGGUGCUAGCGUUGGUGUUCGCCACGCCAAUUGUCCCUUUGAACCACGUUCAUCAACCCAUGACGCAGAUGAUCUUGUUCGUCCAGCCGUAGAGCGGACGCCCACGGAAGUCUCGAUUUCUUCAAGUGGUGAGAGUUCGUUGAACCCCGCAGAUCCGGGAGCGGAGUCCCCAAAUGAUGUAUCGAUGGAGCGACGUUUUCCCCCUAACGGCCAUCAGCUGGUCCCUCGGGCACCGGGAAGCGUCAUUCCACGGAAUACACUGUCUGUUCGCGAGAAUGUUCGUCGUUCUGCUCUGCAACUUCAACACGAACUACUACUUCUACAAGCAGCGCACCCUGUGGCGUCGUUGCCGUCUGUAUCAAGCCUCAAGCCGCAGCGACGGUGGACAGGUGUCACUCCUCUCGUUAUCCUUUGCCAAAGCCGUGUACUGAAAUUAAUUGUGCGUUAUUUGGAAUCUUAUGCCGCUGCUAGAGCCGGAUCUGUGCCCGACUCUUAUACCAACGAUGGCACAGCAGUUUUGGAUUGUUGGUUUGUCAACACAUUGGGGACCAUCUGGUGGCCAUCCUAUUUGGGCCGUGAGUUGGUGAUGGGGUUGCGUGAACGCAUGCAAUUUAACGUACACGCGGCCACUAUUCUGAGGAACUGCACUACCUCCCUGGAUCUGAGCUACUAUUCGCUGGUUACGAAUGAUAUGGUGUUUUGCCUCACCUCCCGUUGGCAUCAUCUGACGGAGCUCAACUUAAACGGAAUACGCGAAGGCCAGGUAUCGGUAGAUGCGGUAGCAGAAAUACAUCGUCUGCAAAACCUCCGUUUUUUAUCUUUGGACGGACUUAGAGCCGUUUGUGAUGAGAACAUUUGCGGCAUCCUUUCUCUACCACAUUUGCGCUGUCUUCGCAUAGCUUCCACGCGAGUGACGGACGCUGGAUGGAUUGAGGCUAGGCAACGCUUAAAUCAGACCGGUUGCAGCUGCUUACCCUUACGGGAGCUGAAUGCAUCUGGCCUCGGAUCCUCUCUGACGAACUCUGGCUUGAGCGCGAUUGUCUCUCUCUUUCCUCUGCUCAUGCGCUUGCACUUGAGGUCUGCUCAUAUCACGGAGGACAUAGAACCCGGAAUUCCACCCUUGGAACAUCUCACCUACUUGGACAUAACUUGCUGUCAGCAUCUGCGUUGCCUGCCUCACGUUUUGAUACCUCCCUGCAGUGCGUCGUUCGAUCACUCUGGGCUGACCGAGAUACGCUUGGAACAUUGCAGCCUGCUGGAUUUGCUGACCGUUGUGGAUCAGCUCAAAGGUCACCCAAUCCGAUGUUUGCGGGGAUUGGAAACGUUGGACUCGUUGAACGCAUAUUCACUGGAAGCGUAUGCCGCGGCUGGAUUUCCUCUCAUUGAACUUGGUUUGCGCCCCAUCAAUUUUGACUGGAUGGUCCAGUCGCCGAGACUCCUAGCUCAGAUACUGCUCUCUGUAGACCCUUCACAUCUUCUGUGGCUGUAUCUACCACAACGACCCAUCGAGAGAGAAACUGGAGACGACUCCUUGGCAGUUGCGCUACAACUCUUGAAGAGAUUCGAGAAUCUGAAGUCAUUGGAUAUGGGCGACCAAGUGAGACAGGAAUUAGAAGUUAACGCAGUCAAAGAAGUCCUCACCCAUUUACUAGAACUCAGGAGCAUUGUUUUCGUCGGUUUGCCCGAGCAAUUUGAGGAGUCCCUUGCUUCUGCCUGUCCUCCGCAAUGUUCCAUGCAAGUACAGUAUUUUAUGUGAUCUAUUCUUUUCUAUACAGUUUUUAUUUCCUGA